AGAGCACACGUAUCAUGGAGACAGCCUGGAGAAUGGAUCAACCGGCAUCCGACUCUCGAGGAAGCAUCCACAACAAAUGAGUUCCGGCACACAGUUACUUCCGAUUCCCAUCGACACGUGUCGGGUCAUUUGCCACAACAAUGCUGCGUUGACCAAAACCAUCGGUGUCCAGGGCGGAACUGUUGACAGCUUCGAGACCGUAUGUGUCACUUCAAUAGGCUAUCAACCUCUGCCGACAUUUUGAGGGUCCCUUAACCCCUCUGAACCUUUUCUCCCCUCGUUUUCUUCUUUCUGUGUCCUGGUCACCAGCCCGCCGCUCUUUGAAGUGAAGAAUAGUCCCAUGCGGAAAAAAUUAUCAAUCUCCUACGCCUCCUUCGGCGUUCCCGCCCCCUUUGACCCAUCCUUCGCGCUUGUUACCUCACCCCUCCCUUUCCUCCCCCCUUUAGUGCUCGGUGCUGUCCGUGGACUGUUGGCUCUGUACACGCUCAUCACAGCCGUCGUCAUUUUGGGACUUGAUUCAGCUGUAUACAAUAGUGGACCAUCGUACUUGUCUUACUUCACGAGUCUCUCCUACAUCGGCCUGUGCGCGUACUUUUGGGCGUCGAGUGUACAGACCAUCGCAUUUGCUCGUGCAGUGAGGAACUUGAGGAGUGUGCAGGAUGACACGGAUGCAGGCAAUAGAGGCCAGAAAAAGACCGAGAGGGACCUCAGAGUGGAGCACGUAGACACGGAGAGGAGGAUAUACUAUCCGCUGCAGAAGUGGCCACGGCCCUUGCAGCUGAUGCAUGUUUUGUUAUAUACUAGUAUCGUGGUGUAUCCGAUCAUCGUGACAAUUGUAUUUUGGGCGCUACUCUCCUCGCCACAGACGUUGAUGGGCACAUAUAAUGCUUGGGCUAACAUAUCCCGACACAUCCUCAAUUCUGCCUUCGCGGUUUUCGAAAUUACCUGCACCAACGUUCCCCCUCUACCAUGGUCGCACAUAGGACCUGUUUUCAUCGUGAUUGCGCUCUACCUGGGCGUGGCGUAUAUCACACGCGCAACGCAAGGUUUUUACACCUACAGCUUCCUUGACCCAGGCUCGCAUCCAGGCCGCGUCGCGGCAUACAUAUUUGGGAUCGCAGUAGGGUAUUGCAUUGUGUUCGCCGUCGUAAAAGGGAUCAUCACAUUGCGAUGUCGGUUAGCCAGACGACGCUGGGAAUCGAAAGAGGAUGCAGGGAGACCUGGAGCUCCGGAGGCCCUGGAUGAGUGGGAGGAGGUAGACCAUCCUCAGCGGUCAUCUAGAGUAUAGUAGUUGGAGUCGCUGGUGAGAGAUAUCCCGGAGGAGGCGGCAUAUCGUGAAUUAUAGUUUAGGGAACCAUCACUUUUGUAACUCAUUCACCCUCUUACAGACUGCAUAUCUAUUCUGGCACAGGGUUUGUUUUCGGCCCAG